CCAGUCUCCCGUGUCUGAAACCUUCACCACCAGCCUUGGUCUGUAACAAAACGAUCUCUGCCUUUCGUUCCUAGAGUAGAUUUUCUUUCCGUUAUUAAUCCAUCCAAACAAAUGCACUCUUGAGUUUCCUGUUGAGCAGUUUGGAAGUGGAAGCUGCUGCCUGGCUUGUUGGUGCAGGUUAGACCUGGUGUGGGUGUGGGGGUGUGUGUGGUGUGAGGGUCACGGCGGAGGGAGGAGGAUCAACUUCCUACGCGCUGACUGGGAGCGCUGCAGCUUCCAAACCGGGCUGAUGCUCUGCUGGCUGGGUGCUUUGGGAUUAAAAGAAUUGAAGGUUGGAGGGAGUUUGAUGAUCUGGGUGCGCUCUCAGGGGUCAGAAACCGUUAGAAGGCGAGUUAAGGGCCCCCUGAAGAUGGGAGGUGGUGGCAGAGGUGCUCAUGGAUGGGAGAGGCUCACUCCUGGUUUCUCCACUUAUUUCUGUUCCCAGCAUGUUGGUCAUGGAUUUAGCCAAUCUCCUUGGGACACUGUAGUGCUGGUUGAACCACAACACCUUGUCCUCUUGCUGUCUUGCCCCUAAAUUCUUCCUGUGACACUAAAUCCCCUUCCUGUAGAAACCUCUGGAAGUGUUGGAAGCUCAGACUAACUGACCCAUGUUCCCAUACCCAUAGUCUGAAGACCUGGAGGCUUGUAAUUGGAGUUCCCUGAGUGAGCCCCUUAGAGAUGGGUGUGUCUGUGCAGUUGGAGGACUGUGGAGAGGUAACAAACUCUGGGAAUGCACAUUAAUCCCCUGGACUGAGGCUCUGUAACCUCUCAGGCAGGACUGUGUUGGUGGUUAAUGCUUGUGGCUUCCUCUAACAGGGUUUCCUUGGAAUUCCUCUGGUUAAUGCAUGGCACUGCAGUCCUGUCAUGUCCCUGCUGGGGCCAAACCUGAGGAUGGGGUUGUAGCUGUCACCUCUUGGCCUUUGGCUCCCGGGAUGUAACUGGGUGUGUUUUCUCUUUUGGGUGCCCUGUUGCUCCGUGUGUCACCAGUGUGGAAACACUUGAACCAAGGUAAAGCCUCAUCCCAGCCACGGGUGGAUCCCAAAGCACAGCCCAGGCUGCCUGUUCCCAGCGUGCUGCUGGCACUGACGUGCACUGACGUGAUGGAUUGCACACAGAUGAUGGGCCUGGAGGUCUGGACUUGGGGCAGGAGGGCUGUGGUGUCACCUUGUCCCAGGAACAAGCACAGCAGGGCUGCCCCUGGUGGUGUCACCGUGUCCCAAGGGCCCAGCAGGAAUUUGACCUUUGAUACUUGUCCCCGUUUGGAUGUUCCCACUGUGCCUUUCACGGCACUGAAGCUGUUCCACGUCUCUUACUCCUGUAUUAUUGAAGCUCUGGUGAUUUGAACUGUCUGGGAGCUGCAGCCAAGUCGUGGGGAUGGGCUGGGAGGGCUGUCCUGCUCCUCCUGCACGUUAAUGGGAGCACAGGAGUAAAAAUAACCCACCCAGUUACAACCCAGUUCAGUGCUGAAACCUUCCCAACGUAGGCUUUGGAACAUGGGCAGGAAUUUCAUAGUGCCUUUGACCUUCUGGAAGGGGAGCAGUGCCCUAUCCAGCUUCUCCAGCCCAUGUCCUGGGCAGGCAGAAAAGCUGCUCCAGCUUUUCUCCCUGAGUUCUGAGCAGCCAGAGCCUGUGGCACUGGUGAGGCUCGUGUUGGGAGGGUUUUAUUUCAUUAUCCAGUGACCUUUUUGCAUGAAUUGUCCCAAAAAUCCAAAUACAAAAUGUCAGGAAGGAAACGUUUGCAUCCAGUUUUAAUCUUGUUCUUGGAGUCUGAAGAGCGAAGUCACUUUGAUGUGUGCUGAGAAUGGAGGAGCAGAACAAAAGUUCUUCCCCUCUUCCACGCUGCCUUGCUGAGGAAAGACCAGGAGAGGUUUCUGAAGAGAUGUAGGAGUGUUAAUGCUGUUAAUUCUUCGUGGUUCAUGCUGUGCUUGAACCUAGAAUCUGAAACAGCCUAUAGUGAGGAGGUGCAGCAGAAUCAGAACAGCCUUGAGCUGUGGAUGUGGUUUUUGACCUCCUGCACAAAGCCCUUGCAUCAGACCCUCAAAACUUUUGGGAUUACAUAAAUGAAACUCAUAUUGCAGUCAUCUUUUGUCCAUGCACUUUAAUUAAAAAGGAAGUGCAUGAGUCUGCUGAUUUUUGCUAUGUCACUUCUGGUUCUAGGUGUUCAUCUGAACUGGGGCUCCCUCUUUAGUUCUGUGAAUCCCAGAGUUAUCCUGCAUUACAUUUGCCAGUCAGAAAUGUUUGUUUCCUGUAGUCAGGCUGUUGUGGUGAUGUCCAAAAAAAACUUCCAGCUGCAGGACUGUCCCCUGGGAUGGCUUCCUUCAUCCUAACUUCCCACUGUGGAUGGAAUCCUGUGGUGAGGGUGCUGAGCUGCCUCUGGGUGGGAUCUGGAACAGCCUAAAAUUCACAAUUGCCAGUUGCUAGUGGUAAAAAUGUGCUGUUUUGGUACAAAGUGGCUCAUUCUCAGCUAAAUUCCAGAAGCAGAGUCGUUCUGUACCUGCUGGAGCAGCUGCCUGGUGGUGUAACUCUUGUUAAGGAGAAGAGCUGAGCCACUUGGGGAAGAAAGAAACAUCUGCAUCCUUUAUUUAAUUGGAGAUGUGCUGAGUGGAGCAUCAGGCAGGGUGGUGCUGUCAACUGUGACCACGCCAGUGCUGCAUCCCGGUUCAGAGAGAUGCUCAUAACAAAUUCAGCAGAGUCAUUCCUCUGCUCAUCUCUUCUCCUGAUGUUUUUCAUGUUGGGUUUUUUUUUCCCCACAAACAACUCGUGUGUUAUAUUUGGAAAUGGUGCUUCAACUUGCUAACAGGCAGUGAAUGUGAAAAAGCAGAGGAGGGGGUUGCCAGCUGACAGGGAUCUCUUUCAUUUGGGAAAGGAUGGCUUGGGGAGCCACUUUUUCCACAGGGACAUGUGAUGGCUGUGCUCUGACAAGUGAGAAAAUGGUGACUUGCAGGCUGUUUUAUCUUUGGGGGAACAGGGGCAGUUGAUAAUCUAGAAUUUUGUGCUCUACUGGUAAAAGGAAACUAGAAGAGAUGUGGUUAAAAACACUGGCUGACCUUCGUGUGAAGCCCUGUGCUAAAUGAGCCCGAGGAUUGUGAAUAAAUCAGGAGUUACAUAAGUCAGGAGGGGAAUGAGAGGGCUGAGUGAAAUCUGAAUUCAAAUACUCUAAUGAUUUCUCUUGGAAUGAGUAUUUCCCAUCAUGUUAAAGGAGUAUUAUGAAAAGUCAGGAGACUGACAUGCAGAAGUGGUAUAAUUUUAAUCACACAGUUGAAAAUAUUUUUAUAAGCUCUUCAACUUUUCCCUGUCAAUUUUUUUUGACAAGUCUUGUUUAAAAAAAAAAAAUUGUGCUGAAAACUUCUGGAUUUGUGGUUUUUUUCCUUUUCUUUUGGACUUGUGUGUUUAAUAUGAGGUAAUAGUAUUUUAGAGGUAUGUCUGGAAGACUAAACCCAGUAGUUUGAUCUCAUUAAAUUAGAUGUGGGGAAGCUGAGUAGGUUACCCUGCUGUUUCCUUGGUCAUAGCCAGGGGUUGAGGAGGGUUUGGGGAGUUCAGAGAGGGCAGUAGGAGGGUUUGAUGUUUACGGACCAUGUGGAAGGGACUCAGAGGGAGGAUUGCCCAGCUUUGGAGUUCAGGUCCACUUUAACACACUUUUGUAGAUUUGCCUCUUUAAAGUUCUCUCUUAAGGAAAUGUUCUUGCCUCACUGCAGCCCUGACCCUUUAAAAACAUCUCCAACACCUGGACAGGAAGCAGUUAACUUUCCCUACAGCAAAAACCGUGUCCUGUAUUAAUUGGAGACAUUUAAAAGCAUAGAUUUCAUUCACAUUCCCACAGUAUUCCCAAGAUGGGAUUAUCCUGAUCUUUUGUGGUAUUUCUGAGAGGUGAAUCACAAUCAGUGGCAACAGAUAAAAAGGUUUUGUCGUGGCUGAGCUGCUCUUCAGUAUUUCUGUUGUGAAUCAGGUAAUUCAGGUAACGUGGGGGUUUAGUGCAGAACUGGAACUGGGCCUUAAAGCCUCCUGGAUAGUUUGUCCCUCAGGCACUGAGGCAGCUCAUUCAGCACUUGAUUAUGAUGGAAAUGUUCAGUGCAAGUUGAGUUUGAAGGUGAGUGGCUGCUGGGCCUGGGGUUGUCUCCAGUGCUCAGGAAAUAGAAGCAGCAGGUGGUUGUGUUUGGAGAAGGGACAUCCUUUUAGGGGCAGGUCCUUGUGGUGGCAGCAGCUUCCCCUGCAGCCUUUGGUCCUAAAGAAAUGCCUUCUGUGAUUCCUUUUCCUGUUCAGUAAUACCUUCCCUCAUGUUUGCUUGUGUUUUUAGUAACAUUUUGGCAUCAUUUCGGCGUAACUGUUCCGGAAGAGGUUGGAUCUUCCUGGGGAGCAGCUCUGCUGAUGUCAUGCUGGGUGGAGAGGGCAGGGCUUGUGUCCUGGGAGCUCUCAGCAGUGCCAUGUGGGAGCUGGGAACCCUUCCUGAAUCCUUGUCCCCUUCGAGUCAGGCUGACAGCAAUAACCCUGCACAGGAUUAUUGAAAGCAGUAACCCUGCACAGAUUGUCAGGGCAGGGCUGUUCCUGUUGAUCCAGGUGUGCUUCAAACUGACUGAAUGAAUUGUACAAGUGACACAGGGAGCAGCAGUUAAAAGCAUUUGGGGCUUAGUUUAUCCUUUCGUGGUAGGUGGCAAAGACAGGUUAUCAAAUCUGUUAGAAAAUGCCAAAAUUCAGUGCCUCCAUCAAACUGUAUUUUUCUUGCAUGAUUUUCAAUUUAAAAAAAAAAACCAAACAAACCACAAGUGGAUUUCUGCUCUGACUUGCAAAUUCUCUGCUGAUAAAUAUAGUCAGCACUCCCCCCCCCUCCAGUAUCACUACGGUGCAGUUCUUCCUUGGCACAUUCUUCACUAAAUCUGUUCAGACAAGGCAAAACAUCCCCUCCUGCUCCAAGGGAUGAUGAGCCCAGCGAAAGAGCAGAAGCGUCUGACAAGUGCUGGGAGCUGCAGAAAGAGCUGCAGGUGAAGCAGUGAUCCCGUGGCUCAGGCAGGAAAUAUCCUCUCCCUGGCAGCCCUGGGGGAUCCUCAUCCUUGCCACGACGCUCCCGUCCCUUUCCAAGCCCGUUGUGCCAGGUGGCCGCGGGCACCGCACGCUGUGUUUGCCUCUUCCAGGUUCCUCAGCCCGUGGGGAGCAAUAAACAGAGCUCUGACCGCUCAGGCAACUGAGCUCAGGCACAAAUGUGAUCGCUUGGCAGCUGCAGCUUGGAGAAAUGAGCUCAGGGUUUGAAUUCCAAGGCCUGGGAUCCUGGCGCUGGCACCCGCUCGCCAAAUGGCCCCGGCUCGGCUGCGAAGGCGCUUCCCAUUUGUUGGGCCCUCUGAUCCUGGGAAGCAGACGGUGGGGGUGUGUCAGGCCUGUGAACAAGGAACAAUGAGCAUCUGAGGGGUGUUAGGUUUCUCUCUCUGGGUUCUGGAGCUUUGUAAUAAAUACAGGGAAAUACAGAAGAGGCGGAUAAAAAUAUUGAACAGUGCCUUUAUUCACGAGGGUGUGGAAUGGCUUGGCAGUCCUGCCCAAGAAGUAGCUCUGAACGCAGUCUUAUCUCCUUGUAUCUUAACAUAUCCUCCCAGGAACCGCAAAUCUGGCACGGGUGAACAUUUCCAUGCUUGUUUUUGCAACAUAAAUCACUGCAGUGGUUGUAAGAGUGGUAUUUUCCUGUGAGUUAGCUUGUGAAAAACCUGAGUGCUGUGGCUUUGGAAGCUGCUAUCAUCACACCCAUCUUCAUUGCUGUGUCAGAAUCCACCUCCCCACAGACCUAAAGGGAGGUUUGCUUAAUGCCUCAGUGUCCUUUGGGGGAAGCAGUUGCCCCUUGUUUGCUCUUGAAUGUGCAGGAUCCUUCCCUUGGAUUACAGGUGGUGAGUCUAUGGGUUGUUUGAGUGGGUGUAGCCAGUGAAAUCCGUGUGCUUCCAGUGACACGUGUUUAUUGUGACACACGACCUUCUCUUGGCUCAGAAUGAGCCUUUAUGGCCCUUUGUGCUGGGUGAUGGUGAAGCAGCUUUAUUAAACUGUGAGAGGGGAGUGGGGGAAGUGAGUGGUUAUGGCCAUGCACAACCUGCCUCACCCCUGCAGCACAGCCUCUAAGCAGCCCUCUCCACUGACUGACAUAGCACAGACAGCAACUCUUACCUCUGAUUUCUGUUCUAAAUCAUCCCAGAAUUGUGUUCUUGCUCCAACAUCCUCUGUGUUGUUCUUCAGUCCAUUGCUCAGUACUUGAAUUAGGGAUGUUUUUUGUCCCAGAGUCCACUGUGUGCCUUCUCUUGUGUGUCUGAGAAGUUUGGAGCUCCCACUGGAAGUUUUCCAUGUGAUUGGGGUGUUUACAGCUUGUCCUUCUCUCUUCUUUUCUCCCCUGCUUAGUGAGGAUUAAAUUCACAGGGCAGUUUUUGUGCUGUUGGAAAACACUUUCUCCUCUCUGGGACUCGAUGUUUGCCACUGAGGAUGAUGGACACUUCAGACUUUGUUUGAAUCUCUUGAUUGUUUUGACCCCUUCCAGAAAUCUGACACAAACAGGAUGAGCUCACAAGUCUAAUUCCCAAAGGACACCAGGAUUAAAGGUUGCCCUUGUUUGUUCUUUGCUUCUCUCAGCAGUUGCAAUGAGUUUGAUAACGUGCUGUCAUUUUUAGCCAGUGCUGAGCACCCCAGGCUUGUGCUCCAGUGAAAAUUGAGGGGAUUUUCUCCCCUCUCUCUUAAUGAUGCACUGAGUGAGGAGUUUGAAUUUCCAGCGUGACAGUCCUUGGGCUGUCACAGACUCACAGGGAACCCAGCACUGCCAAGCCAUGUCCCCAAAUGCCACAUCCACACAGCUUUUAAAUCCCUCCAGGGAUGAUGAUUCCACCACUGCCCUGGGCAGUCUGUCCCAAUGCUUUACAACCCUUUCAGUGAAGAAAUUUUCCAUCAUAUCCAGCCUAAACCUCUCCUGGCACAGCUUGAGGCUGUCUCCUCAUGUCCUGUCGCUUGUUCUCUGGGAGAAGAGCCUGACCCUCCCCCUCAGCUGCAUCAAAACAGACCCAGGAGUGUUGAGAGCUUGGAAAAUCCUGGUCUUUGAAAAUGAAACUCAUCCCUAUCUCACACUUCUCAGGCAGUGCAGCUGCAGGUGAGUGCCCUGAACCUAUGAGGGGGUUGAUGUCUGACUCCAGGUUCCUGUUGCCCUUCCAGAGCCUGCAGUGGGGUUUGUGCUGACUGAACAAACCACCCUUACCCACUAGAGCAAACCCAGUGAUUGAUCCCAAAACUGCCCCGUGCUGCCUGCACAAAGCUGUCUUUCCACUGUAUCAGGAGCAAUUAAAACCCCCUGGAAGGUUGUGUCUUGCUGUGGUUGUGGUUUUGAUUGUAGCAUAAAGAUAAGGAACAAGGAGAAAUCCUCUGUGUGCCCAACCACACCACGUCCCUCUGUCUGUUGUCCUUGUCCUCUAGAGAUGCUUAGAUUGUGAAAUUCUCCUCCAGUGAAGAGUGUGAUAUCAAUCAGUCCUCUGGGAUUAAGUCCCACAAAGCUUGUACCUGGGGGGAAUUUCUAUGAAGAUGUCAACACAGCAAGCAGGAUUAAGGCUGGGCUGUUAUCUCAGUGGUGCUUACACGCUGUGAAUAAGGGAUGCACUGAAAGAGGUUUGACUGAAUUAUGUUAACAAUUUUUGGGGAUUCAUCUUCUUUUUAGUGGGAGCAUCCUGUUAUUUCUGAACUUCUGUUUAACAGAGAAACUUGCCUGGUGUGAUAGGACGAGGGUAGAGGUUUUAAACUAAAAAAAAAGGAUGAAGUUUACAUUAGAUAUUGGGAAGGAAUAGUUCCCUGUGAGGGUGGGGACUGGCACAGGGUGCCCAGAGAAGCUGUGGCUGCCCCUGGAUCCCUGGAAGUGUCCCAGGCCAGGUUGGAGCAACCUGGGCUGGUGGAAGGUGUCCCUGCCCAUGGCAGGAGGUGGCACUGGGUAGUUUUUAAGGUCCCUCCCAGCCCAAACAUUUCUAGAAUUCUGUUCCCUGUGAUGCUGAACUGGAGGGAGGAGUCCUCCUGAACCUGCAGAUUGUCAAGGAAAACUCUCCUGUUUUGAGUGUUUAAAACUAAGAUGAAAUGUGUGCUGGUGUUGACAACACUGGUGUUUCUGGGUGGUCUCAGAUGGCAGGUCCAGCAUUCCCAUUCCAAAGAGCAGCAUCCAACCCUUGUCCAGAGCCAGAGCCUGGCCCUGAACCCACAGGGUGCAGCGGGACUCGUGUCUGACACCACAGCCCUGCAGCAUUAGGAUUAACUCUUUUCCCAAGAUUUAUUAAUUCAUGGAACUGAAGGUGAAUUGUUUGCUCAUAUCCAAUCACUUUGUGGAAUUCAAAAGGUGGGAAUUUUGAGAAGCCUACCUGGCCAGCUGCUCCCUGCCCCUGCAGGGCUCUGGGAAGGGGGUGGCUCUUGGGGUCUCUUUGGGACUGAGCAAUUUUUCACAAGCUGGGAGAAAGGUUUCCCCUUUUCCUGGGGGAAGAGGAAAGCAAAAGGAGACCCAGCUGGUCAUUUGGGGAGCCUCGUUUCAUUUCUGAAUCCAGGGAAUCGUUACAAACCUGAUUUACUUUGAGAUUGGAUUUUCUAAGGUGUGACUCUUGUGUGAACUCUGUUUUUCUCAUCCCUCUGGAGGUUCCUGCUCUGUCCUUUCCACAGGGGUUUUCCCUGUGUGUGGAAGUGUUUUAUGCAAUAACCCUCUCUGGUCUGGGCUCUGUGCAGGGUGAGUCUGUGAAGGAGUUUGUGACCUCAGUGUUUUGGGGUGCAGGGGUCUGGGACACAGCUGGGUGUUCUGCAGGAUUUAUCCCGUGGGGGAUUAGGUGUCCGUGUGGCACUGCUUGUGCAGCCCUGUGGUGUGGCAGGAAAUGUGGGAAUUCUGGGCCUUUCUGGAAAGCUUAUUUUCCCCUCAGAGCAUGUCAAUGUACCCAAGUCAGCAGGAACCCCAAACCUGGAGGGUCCCUGAUGUCCCAGAGCCACAUUUAUGUGCUGGGAAACACCCUGUUGCUGUGCCCAGCAGUAGGAUAAAUUUUCUUGAGGAAGUUCUUUCAAAGGAGAACUUAAAGAGCUAAACCAAGAAGUCCCAUGUCCCCCUUUGGCUGCUGUCCAUGUUCCCAGCAGGGUGAGAGGUGGCCCUGAGCGUGUCCCUGUCCCUCUUCCACUGUGGCUUUCCUUGGACACAGCACUGUACCAAGUCCAGGUGGUCAGUGUGGGGUUGGCACUGCUGCUCUGCCAUGUUUGGACGUGGCACUUGUCACCUGGAUGUCACACCCUGGUGUUCCAUUCGUAACGAAAGGAUGGUUGGGUUAAAAACAAAGACGUCGCUUUUCACGUGGAACGUCCUCCUGUUACCUGCACACAGAGCUCCUUUCGACUCACAAUGUUUGUAACUCCUUAAGAUCCUGAUUUAUUUCCUCUUUAAACUGCCUGAUUCCAUGUGCCUCGGUGCCCCUCUGGAAGGGGGCUGUCCCCAGGAGCUCGGCCUGUCCCCAAACACCCGAAAGGAGCCACUCCGAGUGUUCCCACUCCUGGUCCCGCAGGGCAGAGCACGGUCGUGGGGUGGAGGGGUGAGCGAGAAGCCUCCUGUUAUUUUGAAUUUUUUUUUUUUUUUUAACCCAUCCUCCCUGCCAAACGGCCUAUUUUCUGCCCCUAAUGGUUUCUGCCUAACAAAUGGUGUUUCUUUUUUACAGCGUUAUGAUCCUGGACUUGUUGUGGUGAUGGUAAACUUAGCAGUGGGAGGACGGAUCCCAUCCCUAUCGUCGUCAAGUAUGAUGUCAUGGGCAUGGGCCGCAUGGAGAUGGAGCUUGACUACGCCGAGGAUGCCACGGAGCGGAGGCGAGUGCUGGAGGUGGAGAAGGAAGACACUGAGGAGCUGAGGCAGAAAUACAAGGAUUAUGUCGAUAAAGAAAAGGCCAUUGCCAAGGCUUUGGAAGACCUCAGAGCAAACUUCUACUGUGAACUCUGUGACAAGCAGUAUCAGAAGCAUCAGGAGUUUGACAACCACAUAAACUCCUAUGACCACGCUCACAAACAGAGGUUGAAAGAUCUCAAGCAGAGGGAGUUCGCUCGCAAUGUCUCCUCGAGGUCGCGGAAGGAUGAGAGGAAGCAGGAGAAGGCUCUCCGGCGCCUGCACGAGCUGGCUGAGCAGAGGAGGCAGCCUGAGUGCGCUCCUGGAAGUGGGCCCAUGUUCAGAACCACCACGGUGGCCGUGGAUGAGGAAGGUGGAGAUGAUGACGAUUCCGCGGCCAACAGCGGCUCCUUCGUCCAGACGAGUUCUGGCCAGGCUACAGAGAUGACUGUGGACAGAGGCUUCCUGAACACUGGGCAGGGUGUGAUGUCAAGCCAGGUGCCCUCCCAGGCAGCACAGGCCAUCAGCUUUGGCAUCAAGAGCUCUCUGGGGACUCCUCUGCAGAAGAUCGGGGUGUCGUUUUCCUUCGCGAAGAAGACCCCGGUGAAGCUGGAGACCAUCGCUUCGGUUUUCAAGGACCACGGGGAAGAGUCCAGUUCUGCAGAUGGGGCAAAAGGGGAUGAAAAGGGGUCUUCAGAGGCUGGCAACCUGCAGAAGUCUGGGGAGGGCGAAGGCACCAACAAUUCUGAUGGCAAGGAGGAUGAUGAGCAGCACGACAAGGACAGUGGGUCCCUGGCCAGCACCUUAUCAAAACUGAAGAAGAUGAGGAGAGAAGAUGGACCAACGGCUGUGGAACCAGAGUACUACCACUACAUCCCCCCAGCCCACUGUAAAGUGAAGCCCAAUUUUCAAUUCCUGCUUUUCAUGAAGUCAACUGAACAAAUGGAAGCUGAAAAUGUGAACAAAAAAAACACAAAUGAAGUGAAAAAGGGGAGUUCCCCUAAACCCAAACCCGGGAAGCACACGGAGAAAGCUGCUGAGAGCACGGCACAGCAGAAGGAGCAGAGUACUACUGAAACCACAUCCCAGCAGGUCAAGACAGAGCCAAAGGACAUCCAGGAGAAUGAAAGUACAGAGGAGAGCAAACACCUUCCAGACAGCAACCCCCCCGAACCAGACACUGCUAAAGAAGCUGCUCCGCCUGCCUCGGGCUGCAGAGAUGGCUCUGAGGGACCAAAGCACCCGACAGGACCUUUUUUCCCAGUUCUGAGUAAAGAUGAGAGCACGACACUGCAGUGGCCUUCAGAGCUGCUCAUAUUCACCAAAGCUGAGCCCUCUGUGUCCUACAGCUGUAACCCCCUGUACUUCGACUUCAAGCUCUCCCGCAACAAAGAUGCCAAAGGGAAAGGGGCAGAGAAAUCCAAGGAUCCAGGGGGACUUUGUAAAGACAGCGCUCAGAGCACAGAAUCUGGUGAGGUGAGCAAAGCCAAGGAGGGUGACAGUGUAGGCAACAGUUCUGCUGUGAAAACAGAGAACAAAUCCCAGAGCAAGCAGGAGUCUGGCCUGGGCAGCGUGGGGAAGGGAGAGGGGGAGGAGAGCAGUAAGAGCGUAACGGGGAAGAGUAAAUCGGGGAGGUCCCAUAAACACAAAAAGAAAAAGAAGCACAAAAAGUCCAGCAGACACAAACGCAGACACAAGGAGGAAGCUGAGGAGAAGGGCCGGAAAGCUGAGCUGGGGGAAGAGAAACCCAAGAAACGGAAAAGGCACAGGCACAAAAAAGGCAAAUCCUCCCUUUCAGCAGAGUCGGACCGGGCGUUGAAACCUGAACUGUCAGAAGACUGCAGCCACUUCCAGAAGAAAAAGCGGUGCUCCCAGGAGUCCCAGAGGAAAUCCCUGUCUGCCGAGGAGGGAAGCAGCGGUAAAAAAGAGGAGGGGGGUAACUCCUGCCAAGAACAUGGCAGCAAGAAACACAAGGCUGACCUGCAGCAGGUCCCUGCUGCCAGGAGGCGCUGCCCGGCCGUGCCCCAGGGCCGGCCCAGCCGCCGCAGCCGGCAGAGCAGCGGCGACUACGAUAGCGACGAGGGCUCCCACGGGAAGCACUGCCGGCAGAAAUCCCCCUCCCAGUACAGCGACGACUACGACUCGGGCAGCGAGCACUCCCGCAGCCGCUCCCGCUCCGCCCGCAGGCACUCCUCACACAGGUCCUACUCCAGCAGCUCCGAGGCCUCCUCGGAGCACAGCCGGUACAGCCGCCGCAGGAGCUACUCCGACGACAGCUACAGCGACUACAGCGACCGCUCCCGCUGCCACUCCAAGCGCUCCCAGGACUCGGAGGACGACUCCGACUACAACAGCUCGAACCACCGCUCGAAGCGGCGCAAAUACUCCUCGUCGGAAGACGACUACAGCUCGAGCAGGAGCAGGUCCAGGAGCCGGAGCAGGAGCCGAACUCACCCUCGGGGCAGGUCAAGAUCGAGGAGCCGGGGCAGGACCCGCAGCAGCAGCUGCAGCCGCAGUCGGAGCAAGAGGAGGAGCCGGAGCGUGACGGGUCGGAGCUGGAAGCGGAGCCGCAGCUACAGCCGGGACCGGAGCCGCAGCACCCGGAGCCACUCGCAGAGGUCCCUGUCAAGGAAGGGCUCACGGGGCCACGAGAGCCCCGAGGAGCGAAGGUCUGGCCGGAGGGACUUCAUCAGGUCCAAGAUCUAUCGCUCCCAAUCCCCGCACUAUUUCCGGACAGGCCGAGGUGAAGGAUCGCUACUGAAGAAAGAGGAGGGCAAGGGAGAGGAUCUGAAAGGAUCUGGCUCCCUCUCCCAGAACAGCAGUGGCUCCGGCACGGGGCGGGCCUCGGAAGGGGACUGUAGUCCUGAGGAGAGAAACUCUGUCACUGCAAAGCUGCUCUUGGAAAAGGUUCAGUCCAGGAAGGUCGAGAAGAAGCCCUGUGUGGCUGACGAGGUGCUGGCGGGGGCAAACAAGGUGGGCAUAAAGCUCAAAGAUCCUCCCCAGGGCUACUUUGGCCCGAAACUUCCUCCUUCCUUAGGCAACAAACCGGUUCUCCCCUUAAUCGGGAAGCUGCCAACGGUGCGGAAACCGAACUCCAAACGAUACGAGGAGUCUGGCUUGGAGAGGGGCGAGGAGCAAGAGCUGUCGGAUGCUGAGGAUGGUUCCCAGGGCAUGGAGGAGGGUCAGCUGGACGGGCAGUCUCUCCUGGAAGAUGUGGUGAUGGUCAUUCAGGACAAACCCCUGGACGAGCAGAAACGCGACGAACCUGCCGUGGAGAUGCCAUCGAUUCCCCUGGAAGCGCCGGCACUGCCCGAGUGCUUUGGCUCCGGAGAUCUGGUGAUGUCACACAACUUCCUCUCGGAUCCGAGCGAUGGUGAUGGGCUGGAACCCAUGGAUGGGGGCAACCAGCCGGUCCCAGUGGAAACCAGCAUGAUGCCCUUAGUUCCAGACGUCGAGCACUUUCCUGGCUAUGUGCCUCAGAGCGGCGAGCCCAGCAUGGAAGGGGAUCGGGAAGGGGGAGAAGAUUCCUCUCUGGCCCCACUGGAGAGCCAGCCCAUCACCUUCACCCCCGAGGAGAUGGAGAAGUACAGCAAGCUGCAGCAGGCGGCCCAGCAGCACAUCCAGCAGCAGCUCCUGGCCAAGCAGGUCAAGACCUUCCCCGCCUCGGCGGCCCUGGCGCCGGCAGCGCCCGCGCUCCAGCCCAUCCACAUCCAGCAGCCGGCGGCGGCCUCGGCCACGUCCAUCACCACGGUGCAGCACGCCAUCCUGCAGCACCACGCGGCCGCCGCCGCCGCCGCCAUCGGCAUCCACCCACACCCCCACCCGCAGCCCCUCGCUCAGGUCCACCACAUCCCCCAGCCCCACCUGACGCCCAUCUCCUUAUCCCACCUGACCCACUCGAUUAUUCCGGGGCACCCUGCCACGUUCCUGGCCAGCCACCCCAUCCACAUCAUUCCGGCCUCCGCCAUCCACCCGGGCCCCUUCACGUUCCACCCAGUCCCUCACGCUCUCUACCCCACCCUCCUCGCCCCGAGACCCGCAGCCGCCGCCGCCGCCACCGCCUUGCACCUCCACCCCCUGCUGCACCCCAUUUUCUCAGGACAGGACUUGCAGCACCCACCCAGCCACGGCACAUGAAGGACAGAACGAAGGAACCUCGGAGUUUCGGGAAGGGGUUGGAGUUUGAUCCAGCGGGGGGGUGAGGCCUGAGCAUUUCCUUUCGCUCUUGAGCAGCCAAAGAAGCCGGAGGCUCGAGGGUUGGGCGGCAGCGUUGUCCAUAUCCACUCCUGGGGAUGUCUCGCUCCGACACUUCCGUGCACGCCGCAGCACCUUCCAGAAGAACCAUUUCACCCGCAGAGCAGCGAGACAGGCUUGGAAAGGCUUCUUUUCUUCCCCUCCGGAUUCUUACACUCGGUCAUCUUCCUUCUGCCGCCUUGUAUAUAAUAAAUGAGGUCUCAUCCACACUAAUAGGUCUCUCAAAAUCCGUUUAAUGAGGUCAUCUAAUUAAAAUAGUCAGCAUGAUUGAAUCCGCUGUGUAAUUGGCGAUGGAACAUUCGGGAGCUGUCGGCUGCGGAUCCCGGCGAGGAGGCCUCGCUUUUCAGGCCUUAAAGGAGGUUUCUCGGCUCCUGUCACUGCACAUGUGGGUUUUUUCUUGGUGUGAGAAGCAAAGGUGGAAGUAAAGAGGAGAAGGAGCUGUGUGUGUGCCCGGAGCUCCCAUCCUUCCCCAUCCUGCAUCCCUAUUCUGAGCCAGGACCGCACCUGCACAUCCCGGACUGGAGAGAGGUUCUCGUUGGGGUUGGGAAUUCCGGUCUGGGCUUUGACCACUCUUCUCCUGGAAGGGAGGGGGAAAAAAAAGAAAUCACUCUGACUUCCAUCUUCUGUGGUGUUGGGAAAAAGGCACUGGGAUGGGAGAGAGAAGGAAAAUCCCAUUAGGAAUUGAAGCAAAUACAGAGGACGGGGAGCACGGCCAGGGGUGUGAAGCAUGUUCUUUCCUCUGUAACACUGAUGGUUUCCUUAUUAAUUUAUAGGAUUUUUUUUUUUAAUGUAAAGAAUUGCACUGAACUCUGUAAACAAAGAUGCUGCUUUUUGUAGCUCCUAUCAAAGGUUACAUUUGUAGUAUAUCGCAAUAAUAUUUUUUACAGCCAGUUCUUAGUGGUACUUGUUCUGGUGGCUUCUGUGUAAAUAUGUUUGCUGUAGGUGACCCCAAGACACUUGUAAAGGUUCAAUUUAUAGUUUCAGCUAGAUGCAGAACGAACUAAGCAUGUAUAUUUUACCAAGCUCAUGUAUUUUUGAAGUUUUUAUGUACUAUAAAAUGUAAAAAAAAAAAAAAAAAAUCAUUUAGAAUUUUGCAGAAGGAAAAAAAAAAAAAAAACAAAACAACAAAAAACAACAGGUGAGACUUGGGCACAGUGAGGGGGUGGGGGCAGUGGUGACUCCAGCAGGUGCUGCUCUCCUCCCUACCAUAGGAAUGGUCACUGGAGCAGCGUGGGGAGCAGCAGGAAUUCAGAGUGUUUCCCAGAGUAUAGAUACCCCUUUUGGUUUUUUCCCUCUUUCCUUUUCCCUCUGAAGCAGUGAUGUGCACAGGCUCCUGGUGCAGGAGAGGCUUGGGACUGUUCCCACCCCACGCACAGGGUCCCACUGAGCUGGGGCUGCCUGACUUAAUAUUCCGUGAGGGAUUUGCCAGUUCUUCCCAGCAGUGCCUGUGGGAGCUUCCCUGUCCCAUCACAGGGGUUUGCUGACAUGGGCACUGCAGGUGCAGGUCCCUCGUGUCACAGUGGUUGGGGCACCCUGGGGGGGCUCUGUGGGGUGGGAUUUCAGAGCAGGCACCGAGAGGACGCAGUGGCAUCCCUGUCCCCUUCUCCAUCCUCAUCCUCUUCCCUAUCCCCUCCUGGAGCGUAGAGUCAAAGGAUCAAACCCCCCUGAACUUCCUCACUGUGUGAACGAGAAAUUGGAGCGGGUCAGAGUGACACAGGGGUCACAAAAAGGGACUCAAUUUCCUGUAAAUACCCAACAAUUCAGUGUUACUGUCAGAGCUGAGCUUUGUAGGGCCCAACCCCAUCCCGGGGUUGUUUUCGGACUUCCAGGAUAGCGCUAAAAAUAAUUAACCUGUCAUUACUUAACGAGCAUAAACAGACUGUAUUUAACUUUGUCACAUAAGAUAUAUAUAUAAAUAUAUAUAUAUGCUGUAAAAUGAGGGAAAAAAAAACCUUUCUAAUAAACCAAUGAUUUGUGGAAAAAAAAAAAAGAUG